UGCGUCCAACUUGAGGUCGCCUCCGUUCAAACGUACUUGCUUCUUACAAUAGGAAGCAGAAGUUGGAGGCACACCUAACCGCCGGCUACUGUUGCUGCGCCUCCUUGCAGAAGUUGCGGUUGCCUUGUCUGAGGGUGUUAACGGGCGCUCAGAAUUCGCUUUACGCCAGCCGAGCUUGCAGCCGCCAAGCGGUGUAUAUAACUUGACAUAAUUACCUACAUACCCACCAAACUAUCUACUACAGUUUUCCAUUCAUUGACAGCCUUCACGAAGCAACGCACCACUUGCAAUCACAGCUACGAUGUCCGACGCCAAUCGUAUCGCGCAUUGCAAGAGUCUUGUCGACUACAUCCACUCUCUUUUCGGCGACGGCCGAGAGCAGUGGCUGGCUGAAACGACACCAGGAAAGGCAAUGGAGUACUAUCCAGUCCUGACGGUGGCUCUGUACGGUCAGCACCUGGGGGAAGGCUCGCUGUAUGUGAACAUGCGAAGCCCUGCAUUAAUUCGCUUCCUGAAACGGCUUGCCGAGAAUGGCGUUGGCGAGGCCGAAGAGUACGGCAACGUGAAAUGGAAGUUUAUGCCGAUUGAGUCGAUCCCCUGAGAUAUCAAGGACAAGUCGCCUAACAAAUGCUUCCAGACGACAACUCCGGUACCACGACGCCUAUAUCCAGCCUCUAAUCUAAAGCCUUGGCUCGUCCUCUUCCAUUGACAGAGCUUCUGUUUCUCUGGUGGAC